AUGCCCAGAGUAAUCCUUUCUUCAAAGCAAACAGUAUCAGAUUCUGUGUUCUUACAACCAUGGAUCGCAAAUAUAAUACGAAAGGAAAUUCAGGCAAAGACUUACUUACCAGGGAAUCAAAGACUCAGCAUCGCACGACUAUCGAGACGAGAUAUGGACGCCCCAGAAAUAAGCGAGACAAUAUUGAAUAACUAUUCUCAUUUUGCCAAAGUUACUAAGUUCUUUUCUGUGAACAAUUAUAAAAUAUUUGCGUCGAUUAGAGAUAGCACGUAUCAAAUACUUGUUGAAUUCACACCCCAAUGUGUAUUAGAGUUUGAAAGAGUUUAUCGUUCUCGAAUCACCUCGGAGACAGUGAAUUGUUUAUUCGUUAUUGGUGAUUGUACAGUGAUAUAUAAGACAAGGUCGCAGAUUCGAUCUAGUUUCCCUAAGUUUGAUCUGCAAUCAUUGGCGGGGGAGAAAAAUAGUAACAAGAAUGGAUUUGGGUUGUUCCCAGUUUUGCAAAUCAACCAAGCAUCAUUAUUUGAUAGUGACCAGGUACAGCUUCUUUUCGAAUUUCCCUUCAUAUAUAACAAGCUUCAUUUUACUGUAUAA